AACGUACACAUUCUAAAAUAUGUUUCAGUUUGUCCUAAAUAUUUAAUCAGUACUCAAACAACAAAAGUUUUUUGGCUGAGUAAUUGUUGCUCGGCUAUUUUUUGUGUUUAUUAUAUUGAUUGAAGCCGAGAUGAGCAGCUGUAAUUCUGCGAACCGUUGCCAAAAUGCUGAUUUUAUAUUUGGUGACCGUUGUUCGUAUGGUCCUCCAUCAAAUGCAUCGGAGGACGUUGAUGAUCGCGAUGAUGAUAUGACCUUUUGCAUGUCAAAUUAUGCUAAAGAAGUUUUAAAAAUGAUGUUUAUGAUGCGGUCGCACAAUAUGCUUACAGAUGUUGUAUUAGAAGUGAAGCAAGAACUAUUUCCGGCACACAAAGUAGUUUUAUCAGCGGCUUCGCCUUAUUUCAAAGCUAUGUUUACGGGUGGCUUAAAGGAAUCGGAAAUGUCAAGGGUUCAGUUGCAAGGGGUUUGUCCCACGGCAAUGGGUCGAAUUAUAUAUUUCAUGUAUACAGGACACAUUCGCGUUACGGAAGUCACAGUUUGUCAGUUACUACCUGCUGCAACAAUGUUUCAAGUUCCCACCGUUAUAAAUGCAUGUUGUGCCUUUUUGGAGAGGCAACUAGAUCCAACAAAUGCUAUUGGUAUAGCGAGCUUUGCUGAACAACAUGGAUGUUCUGAUCUUCAAAAGAAGGCCAACCAUUUCAUAGAGAGAAAUUUUACUCAGGUUUGUCAAGAAGAGGAAUUUCUUCAAUUGUCUGCAUUCCAAUUGAUUUCAUUAAUACGUCGCGACGAACUUAAUGUUCAAGAAGAGCGAGAGGUGUAUAAUGCUGUACUUAAAUGGGUGAAGUAUGACGAAGAGGAUCGUUAUCCAAGAAUGGAACAUAUACUUUAUGCUGUUCGAUGUCAGUUUCUCACUCCGAAUUUUCUGAAAGAGCAAAUGAGAAAUUGUGACGUAUUACGAAAAGUUCCCGCAUGCCGAGAAUACCUAGCAAAGAUAUUUAAAGAUUUAACUUUACACAAACGCCCUGUGGUUAAAGAGCGAACGCCAAAUACAACCCGAAUGAUUUUUGUAGCAGGAGGAUUUUUUCGGCAAUCUUUAGAUAUACUAGAAGCUUAUAAUGUUGAUGACAAAACAUGGACAACGUUGCCAAAUUUGCGUAUACCUCGAUCGGGACUAGGCGCCGCAUUUCUAAAAGGUACUUUUUACGCUGUGGGCGGACGGAAUAAUUCGAUCGGCUCAUCGUAUGACUCGGACUGGGUGGACCGCUAUAAUACUUUUACAGAGCUGUGGCGUCCUUGUGCCCCAAUGACAGUUCCACGGCAUCGUGUAGGGGUUGCCGUAAUGGACGAAUUGAUGUAUGCUGUUGGUGGAUCUGCAGGCUCAGAAUAUCACAAUUCAGUUGAAUAUUAUGAUCCGGAUCAGGAUCGAUGGACGCUGGUACAACCAAUGCACGAAAAACGACUGGGUGUAGGUGUGGUUGUUGUUAAUCGCUUAUUAUAUGCAAUUGGAGGUUUCAAUGGAAUUGACCGCCUCACAACUGUGGAAUGUUAUCACCCGGAGAACAAUGAAUGGACGUUUGUGAAACCAAUGCAGUAUGAGAGAAGUGGAGCCGGUGUUGCUGCUAUCAAUCAAUAUAUUUAUGUUGUAGGAGGAUUCGAUGGAACUCGCCAACUUUCAACUGUAGAACGGUAUGAUACCGAGAACCAUAUUUGGGAACUAAUCGCUCCGGUGGGCAUAGCUCGUAGUGCUUUAUCUCUUACAUCUUUAGAUGGAAAGCUAUAUGCUAUUGGUGGCUUCGAUGGAACAAAUUUUCUCUCUAUUGUUGAGGUAUAUGAUCCUAAGACUAAUACAUGGGAGCAAGGUACUCCUUUAAAUUCUGGCCGUUCUGGUCAUGCGUCAGCGGUAAUAUAUCAACCGGCAUGUGCUACAAAUUUUAUGGACUGUAUGGACGCGGAAACAACUAAACGUAGUGGCAGUGAUCCUUGCCCUGAUCAAACAUCGAAAAGGGAGUAUAAUAAUCAAAUGGGCCACAACUUUCCAAGCAAAGAAAAUGGCGGUGACUGCAUGCGUUUUCACACGUCUUUUGGUGGAAACAGCUGCAGAAAUUGUGAUUUUGAGAUGCAACAAAGGAAGUACUGUAUAUUCCAAUGUUUAAAUCCAAAAAGCAACUGGAUUUUCAAAUAUUUUGAAUACAUUCUGCAUUUGUACCUGAAGAAAGGAAUCUUAGCUUCACAAUCAAUUUUUCUUUUUCCUGAAAUUUUCUCUAAAGAAAUAUUAAAUCGUUGCGAGUAUGAAAAAUUAUAUGUUCUUACUCGGGUUUUCAAAAAAAUAGAUGUCGGCCAUAAAUUUUAUAAAUAUUUUCAUAAGCUGAGGGAAAGGCAUUGCAAGAAAUAUGAUUUAAUGUGACAAUCGUUUAUUUUGAACUAGGUAGAUUUAUAAACCUUAAUGUAAGAAAAUCGUUUACGUGCUUAAUACAAUUGUUAAUUUAGUAUGUAAGUAUAACAUAUUUGAUUGUGAUAUUCCCUUAUCAAAAACAAAUGGUACUUUUUGUAAUAUUUAAUAAAAAAAAAUUAGAAAUACACGCCUAUGCCUUAAGAAUAAAUAUAUCUAAAUAUAUUUUACGUUCGAUCUAUUUAUGUUCUCUGAAAAGGUGAAA